AUGGGCGAUUUUCAAGACUACUACACUGGUCGUCGACACGCGCCUGUGAUGACCAUUUUUGUAGGAGGUAACCACGAGGCUUCAAACUAUCUCUCGGAACUGCGCUAUGGUGGCUUUGUGGCCCCAAACAUAUAUUAUCUGGGGCGAUAUGGAGUCAUAUGGUACAAGGGCCUGAGAAUAGCAGGAAUAUCAGGAAUUUACAACGAGACAAAUUUCCUUAAACCGCGCAAAGAAACCCUUCCCUACGAUAGAUCUACCAUCAGAUCCGUAUACCAUUAUAGAAAGACCGAGGUGACGGCGCUCCAGCUCUUAAGACCUUCAAACGAAACCAUCAUGGUGUCGCACGACUGGCCUGAAGGAAUAUACGAGUACGGCAGAAAAGACCAGCUUUUGCGGUGCAAACCGUUUUUCAAAAGUGACAUGGAAAAACACCAGCUGGGAUCGCCUCCAUUGAUGGGCCUUCUCCGCCAUUUACGACCUAGUCACUGGUUUAGCGCACACUUGCACGUUAAAUUUGAGGCCACUGUUCCAUGGAAAAGCAGCCGAGAAAAUGAGAAAAUUAACAAGGAGGAGAUUGAGCUUGAGCUCAACGAUGCUUCAGAGGAGACUGAUGACCUUCCAACCAGGUUCCUUGCGCUGGACAAAUGCUUACCGCGGCGCAAGUUCAUGGAGGUCUUCCGUCUGGCUCAGCAGGACGUGCCGCCCAAGCUUGCAGGAUUGGACUUUUUCUACGAUCCUGAAUACAUUAGCAUACUUAGAACCGUUGAACUCCACCGGAAAGACAUAGAGUCGGCAGGAUUGGAUCUCCCGGAGGACCUAAUUUUUACAUUGCAUAGGGAGUGUGAUCGUCAACGCAAACUUCUAGAGGAUCUUGAGAGUGACAAAUACCGUGAACUGCUACAGAUCAAUAGCCAGUUUUCAGAGACCGCAGACGCCUCUACAAAAGAGGUGCAAGAAUAUACCAAUCCCCAGACUGUGCAAUUUAUUGAAAAAUUUCUUGCACAGCCGUAG